AUCAUUUUAUCAUAUAUAUUUAAUUUUAUUUCAUUUAUAUGAAAUAAUAUAAAUGAUUAUAGAGAGAAAUUGAUACUAAAAGGCGAUGCACGGCGGCUGUUUUUGCGGCCGUUGAGACGCCAGGGUAGGCGGCUUCAUACAAAAGCAACCGAACUAGAUCGAGAAUUCAGUUCUCUCCUUCGUGAUACGUGUUAUUAGAGAUGACUUAUCUAACUUGUCACAGCAUCCUGCUGUAUCUGUGUAAUAUUGCGGAUAACUAACUCUUGUGAGAAAAAUAAACACAACCAUGCAAUUUGGAUUAGUGAUGGCUCUAAUACUUUUCGGAUGGGUUUUGAUGGUGAAUGGAUCCAAAUAUCGAAGUUACAAUAUUCCGAGCGGAAAAAAACCACCGAGAGAUAGAGAGAUACGUGGUUACAGACCAGAUGAAAUAUCUACUUCAAUCGGAGUAGGAUACGGUAAAAGGGAUGGAUCCUACGAAAUUUCUAAUUUUAACAGACGGGAAAGAGUACUUUUGUCUCUUCUUCGUAAUUUUCCACAAGGAAUAACACACACUCCUGAAUUAAUAUUACGAGAAACGAAAACUAAUCCUUAUUUUGCUGGAAAAUUAACGGAAAUGAUAAUUAAUGAUGAUAAUGGUCAAACACCUAUUGGAGAACAAUUACAACCGGAGGGAACCAUAUUCAUAUUUUAAUUUUAAACACGGACAAACAUUCUACUAGAAUAUACAAUUUCUGGCGAUAAAUUUUAGUCCAAUAAAAUUGUGGUAUUUUCAAAAUGGUUUAAUGUGGUUUCUUUCUUUCUUGCUUUUGUAAAAAUAAUA